UUGAUGGAAAACUACACCUACAACAGCUUGACGCUCCAGCUGGAGGGGUUAAAUGUCUCCAAGGAUUCCCUCUACCCUGCCUUUUUCUUCUUCCUUUUCUCCUACCUCUUCAUCAUGAUUGCAAAUUUAGGUAUUGCUUUUAUGGUUUUCAUUGACGAGAACCUUCACCAGCCUAUGUACCUACUUUUUUGCAACCUUCCUUUUAAUGACAUCAUUGGAAACUCUAUCAUGGUGCCUCGUGUGCUGAUGGACAUGUUGCUGCCACCUUCUGAGCGCCUCAUCAGUUAUUCUGAAUGUGUUGUGCAAGCUUUCACCACACACAUGUUUGGUACCACAUCCCACACAGUGCUUAUGAUCAUGGCUUUUGAUAGAUACGUGGCCAUCUGUAAUCCUCUGCACUAUACAACAAUAAUGAGCAACAGAAUGGUGAUGAAGCUGACAGUUUCUGCCUGGGGGGUGGCUUUUGCUUUGGUUGCGAUUCUUCUCGGUCUGACCAUGCGUCUGAACCGCUGCAGGUCUAUGAUCAUGAAUCCUUACUGUGAUAAUGCCUCCUUGUUUAAACUAUCCUGUGAAAGUGUUUUUAUUAAUAAUGUAUACGGCCUCACUUUCACUGUGGUCUUGUUCACAUCCUCUAUAGGAAGCAUUGUUCUCACAUACACAAAGAUCACAGUAGUUUGUCUGAUGAGUAAGAACAAGUCUUUGAACAGUAAAGCCUUAAAGACCUGCAGCACUCACCUCUUUGUGUAUCUCAUCAUGAUGUUUAGUGGAUGCCUUGUAAUCUUUCUGCAUCGCUACCCUCAGUACUCAGACUACAGAAAAUUGUCAAGUAUUUUAUUUCAUAUCAUCCCUGGAAGCCUCAAUCCCAUUAUAUACGGCGUACAGUCUAAAGAGAUUCGGAAAUUUUUGUUAAAUAUCUUUCGGCACAAGAAAGUUGUGGCAUCAUGA